GGCGGCGGCGGCGUGGGCAUGGAGCCCCUGCGCGUCCUGGAGCUGUAUAGCGGCAUUGGAGGCAUGCAUCAGGCGCUGAGAGAAAGCUGUAUACCUGCACAAGUGGUGGCUGCCAUUGAUGUAAACACUGUUGCUAACGAAGUAUACAAGUACAAUUUUCCUCACACACAGUUACUGGCCAAGACAAUCGAAGGCAUAACACUAGAAGAGUUUGACAAAUUGUCUUUCAAUAUGAUUUUAAUGAGCCCUCCCUGUCAACCAUUCACCAGAAUUGGCCUGCAAGGUGAUGUGACUGACCCAAGGACAAAUAGCCUCUUAUAUAUCCUAGAUACUCUCCCAAGAUUACAAAAAUUACCGAAAUAUAUUCUUUUAGAAAAUGUUAAAGGCUUUGAAGUAUCCUCUACAAGAGACCUGUUAAUACAAACAUUAGAAAAUUGUGGUUUUCAGUACCAGGAAUUUCUGUUAUCUCCAACAUCUCUUGGCAUUCCAAAUUCAAGGCUCCGGUAUUUCCUUGUUGCAAAGCUUCAGUCAGAAUCAUUACCUUUUCAAGCCCCUGGUCAGGUACUGACGGAGUUUCCCAAAAUUGAAUCUGAACAUCCAGAAAGAAAUACAAUAGAUGCAGAAAAUAAAAUGGAAAGGAAAAUUGAACCAAAUAUUUGCUCUGAUAAGAGCAGACAGUGUUCUGGAAAAGAGGCCAUUCUUUUUAAGCUCGAAACUGUAGAAGAAAUUGACCGGAAACAUCACCAGGACAGUGAUCUCUCUGUGCAAAUGCUAAAAGAUUUUCUUGAAGAUGAUGUUGACAUGAAUCAGUAUUUUUUACCGCCAAAGUCAUUGCUGCGAUAUGCUCUUUUGUUUGACAUUGUGAAGCCCACGUGCAGAAGGUCCACAUGCUUUACCAAAGGUUAUGGAAGCUACAUAGAAGGGACAGGAUCUGUGUUACAGACCACAGAGGAUGUGCAGAUUGAGGAUAUCUACAAAUCCCUUACCAAUUUGCCGCAAGAAGAAAAGAUAACAAAAUUGUUAAUGCUUAAACUUCGGUAUUUCACUCCUAAAGAAAUAGCAAAUCUCCUUGGAUUUCCUUCAGAGUUCGGAUUUCCCGAGAAGAUAACAGUGAAACAGCGUUAUCGUCUACUUGGAAAUAGUCUCAAUGUGCAUGUAGUAGCUAAACUAAUCAAAAUCCUGUGUGAAUAAUUUAAAAAUGUCUAUGAAAGAUGGUCACAUUAUUUCUUCAUAUCCAGAUGGUAAUUCUAAAAUUCUAUUCUGAAUUGAUUUUGAUGAAAUUCAACUAAACUAUCUUUAUCUCUUUAAAAAGAAGCUUGGAUUUAUCAUAAAAAGGCCAGUUUUUUCCCUGAAUUUGUAUUACUGUAUUUUGUAAAGCAGAAAUUAUUAUUAUGCUUUAGGAGAAUAUAUUUUCAUAUGAAAUUGCUAAAUAUAUCUGUAAAAUAUUCUUUUUUUUUAAGAUUUUUUUUUUUUUU